AUGGCAACUGAGCGCCUGACCGUCGUCAUCAAAUUAGGCACAAGCUCUAUUGUCGAUGAACAUACUCAUGAGCCUAUCCUUUCGAUUCUUACACUCAUAGUCGAAACAGCUGCCAAACUCCAUCGUGAUGGCCACAAUGUCGUCCUGGUCUCUUCCGGUGCCGUCGGCGUGGGGUUGAGGAGAAUGGAUGUCGAGGAGAGGCCAAAAAAUAUACCUCGCAUACAGGCCUUGGCAGCUGUUGGUCAGUGCCGACUCAUGAGCCUUUGGGAUGGGCUAUUUUCACAUCUUCGGCUUCCGGUUGCCCAAAUACUGCUGACUCGCAAUGACAUCGCAGAUCGCACUCAAUAUGUUAAUGCGCAAAACACUUUUGCACAAUUGUUUGAUAUGGGAGUGAUCCCCAUUGUCAAUGAAAAUGACACACUGGCCGUUUCAGAAAUCAAAUUUGGUGACAAUGAUACAUUGUCAGCUAUCACGGCAGCAAUGGUCAAGGCGGACUACCUCUUUCUGAUGACAGAUGUUGAUUGUCUCUAUACGACAAACCCGCGGACUGAUCCUGAUGCACGACCGAUUGAGGUGGUUUCAGACAUUUCCUCACUAGAAGCAGACGUUUCUUCUGCCGGGUCUGCGCUCGGAACCGGGGGUAUGAGUACGAAAAUUACAGCGGCGAGAUUGGGAACUAGCGCUGGCGUGACGACAAUUAUCACCAAAAGCUCGAAACCGGGAAACAUUCAUGAUGUUGUAAGAUACCUCCAGGAGUUGAAGCAAGCAGUUGCAUCCGAUUCUACAGGCGGGGCGAACACCCCUUCCACACCACAGGCAUCAAGUCCACCUCUCCAUACUCGGUUCCUUCCAUCCGAAACUCCCAUUCAAUCACGUUCAUUCUGGCUGCUUCACGGUUUGACACCUCAUGGUACCCUAUAUAUUGAUCAAGGCGCAUACGCUGCACUCCAGAAAAAGGCAAGUCUCCUCCCCGCAGGAGUCGUCGACGUCGACGGCCAUUUUGGACAGCAGGAAGCGGUUCGGUUAGUGGUCGUGGAGAGAAUAUCCCCUGAUGCUUUAAAUGGCGAUUUCCUUCACCCUGGCCAAGAACCCAAAGAGGUGGGUCGUGCCUUGGUCAACUAUGGUAGUCUCGAAAUAGCUCGGAUCAAGGGCCACAGGAGUACACACAUACAAUCAUUACUAGGGUAUGCGGACAGUGAAUACGUUGCUCUGCGAGAGAACAUCUCGUUCUUUGGAAACGAUGAUCACACACGACGAUGA